AGCCUCAACGACUCCCACAAUCAGAUGGUCGUUCACUGGGCGGGAGAGAAGAGCAACGUGAUUGUGGCCUUGGCUAGAGACAGCCUCUCCUUGCUGGGUCCCAAAAACAGCGACGUUUACGUGUCCUAUGACUACGGGAAGAGUUUUAAAAAGAUUUCGGAGAGGUUCGGCUUCGGCAGCGGGAACACGAGCGAGGUGGCCAUCGCGCAGUUCUACCACAGCCCGGCGGACAACAGGAGGUAUAUCUUCGUGGACGCCUUCGUCCCGUACCUCUGGAUCACCACCGACUUCUGCAACACUGUUCAGGGCUUCUCCAUUCCCUUCAGAGCGGCCGACCUGCUCUUGCACAGCCGGAGCCCCAACCUGGUUCUGGGCUUCGACAGGUCGCAUCCCAACAAGCAGCUCUGGAAAUCGGAUGAUUUUGGCCGGACGUGGAUAAUGAUUCAGGAGCAUGUGAAGUCUUUCUCGUGGGGUGUCGAGCCUUUCGAUAAGCCAAAUACGGUGUACAUAGAGCGGCAUGAACCUUCUGGGGCUUCGACUGUCAUUCGCAGCACUGAUUUCUUCCAAACUCGAGAAAAUAAAGAGAUUAUCCUGGAAGACGUUGAAGACUUCCAGCUCAGGGACAAAUAUUUGUUUGCCACAAAGUCUGUGCAUUUAUCCGGCAGCUCGCAGCCGGCCUCCGUGCAGCUCUGGGUGUCCUUCAACCGCAAGCCGAUGCGAGUGGCCCAGUUCGUAACCAAGCAUCCAAUUAAGGAGUAUUACAUCGCUGAUGCCUCCGAGGACCAGGUGUUUGUGUGUGUCAGCCACGAUAACAACCGUACCAACCUCUACAUCUCGGAAGCAGAAGGCCUGAAGUUCUCCCUGUCUUUAGAAAACAUACUCUACUACAGCCCAGGAGGAGCGGGGAGUGACACCUUAGUCAGGUAUUUCGCCAACGAGCCUUUUGCAGACUUCCACCGGGUCGAAGGCGUGCGGGGUGUCUACAUCGCCACCCUGAUAAACGGCUCGUUCAGCGAGGAGAACAUGCGGUCCGUCAUCACCUUUGACAAGGGGGGCACCUGGGAGCUGCUGCAGCCGCCGGAGUACACGCGUUACGGCGAAAAGAUAGACUGCGAGGCUUCUCAGGGCUGCUCUCUGCACCUGGCCCAGCGGCUGAGCCAGCUGCUGAACUUCCAGCUGCGUAGGAUGCCCAUUCUCUCCAAAGAGUCGGCGCCGGGACUCAUCAUCGCCACCGGCUCCAUUGGCAAGAACAUGGCAAGGAAAACCAACGUGUACGUCUCGAGCAGCGCUGGAGCAAGGUGGAGAGAGGCGCUCUCUGGGCCCCACUACUACACUUGGGGCGAUCACGGUGGCAUCCUGGUGGCAAUUGCACAAGGCACCGAGACCGACCAGCUCAAGUAUAGCACAAACGAAGGGGAAACCUGGAAAACAUUCACUUUCUCAGAGAAGCCGGUGUUUGUGUACGGCCUUCUUACCGAGCCGGGGGAGAAAAGCACCAUAUUCACCAUCUUUGGCUCAUACAAAGAGAACGGCCACAGCUGGCUGAUACUACAGAUCAACACCACCGACGUGCUGGGGGUCCCUUGCACGGAAAACGACUACAAACUGUGGUCACCCUCCGAUGAGCGAGGCAAUGAGUGUUUACUGGGGCAUAAAACCGUUUUCAAAAGGAGGACUCCUCAUGCGACGUGUUUCAAUGGGGAAGAUUUUGACAGGCCUGUCAUGGUCUCCAACUGCUCUUGUACAAGGGAGGACUUUGAAUGUGACUUUGGCUUUAAACUGAGUGAGGACCUGUCAUUAGAAGUUUGUGUCCCUGACCCUGAAUUUGCCGGAAAGCCGUAUGACCCGCCGGCGCCUUGCCCCGUGGGCUCAACUUACAAGAAGACUCGAGGGUACCGAAAGAUCUCUGGGGACACGUGUGCAGGGGGAGACAUCGAAUCGCGGCUGGAAGGGGAGCUGGUGCCCUGCCCGCUAGCUGAGGAGAAUGAGUUUAUUCUGUACGCUACCCACUACUCCAUCCACCGGUACGACCUCUCCUCGGGCGUCAGCGAGGAGCUGCCUCUGGCCGGGCUGCGAGGGGCAGUCGCCCUCGACUUUGACUACGACCACAACUGUUUGUACUGGGCCGAUGUCACCCUUGACAUUAUACAGCGUCUUUGUCUCAAUGGCAGCUCUGGACAAGAAAUAAUCAUAAGCACUGGGCUGGAAACAGUGGAGGCUCUGGCCUUUGAACCUCUCAGUCAACUGCUUUACUGGGUCAACGCUGGGAUUCCAAAAAUUGAGGUUGCCAAUCCCGAUGGAGACUUGCGACUUACUGUCCUAAAUUCCUCGAUACUGGAACGACCCAGAGCCCUCGCUCUGGUUCCCAGAGAAGGGUUGAUGUUCUGGACAGACUGGGGAGACUCCAGGCCUGGCAUUUACCGAAGCGACAUGGACGGAUCAUCGGCCAGCUGCAUCGUUUCGGAGGGCGUGCGGUGGCCAAACGGCAUUUCUGUGGAUGACCACUGGAUCUACUGGACAGAGGCCUAUAUGGACAGAAUCGAGAGGGUUGACUUCAAUGGCCUCCAGAGAUCCGUGAUCCUGGAUAGCCUCCCUCACCCCUACGCUAUUGCUGUGUUUAAGAAUGAAAUCUACUGGAAUGACUGGUCACAGUUGAGUAUUUUUAGAGCAUCCAAAAACAGCGGCUCAAGAAUGGAGAUUUUAGUCGGGCGAUUAAACGGGAUCAUGGAUAUGAAAAUAUUUUACAGAGGAAAGACGACAGGGGAGAACGCCUGCAUUGCCAAGCCCUGCAGCCUGCUCUGCUUGCCCAAGUCAAACAACGGCAAAAGCUGCAAGUGUCCCGAGGGCGUUUCCAGCACCGUGCUGCCUUCAGGGGAAGUCAGGUGUGACUGUCCUCACGGCUAUGUCAUGAAGAACAGCACUUGUGUGAAGGAAGAAAACACCUGUCUGCCGAACCAGUACCGAUGCUUCAAUGGGAACUGCAUAAACAGCAUUUGGCAGUGUGACAACGAUAACGACUGCGGGGACAUGAGCGAUGAGAAAAACUGCCCCACGACGGUGUGAGACGCCGAGACCCAGUUGCGCUCAGAUGAGGGACAGCGAGGAAAAGCUCACAGCAUGAACCAGGUCAAAUGCAAGGCUCCCAGCACCCCGGACUGCUGCUGGCGUCAGCGCCGGGAGGUGCCGCGGGCGGAAAUCGCCGCGCCAGCGGUGCGAACGGCCGGUGCCUUCCCGCAGGGCCUGUUUGGCGCACGCGGGGUGGGCGGCGAGUGCGGGCUCAAGCGCCCUUGCCCGGUCUGCUUUCAGCCGUGUCGCACACCUGCGAGGCCGCCAGCUUCCAGUGCCAGAACGGCCACUGCCUCCCCCAGCGGGUCGCUCGCUCGCUCGCGCGCCGCGGGGCCGGGGUGGGAGAGAGCACUACCAGACCCCCGAGCCGAAACUCAGGGAGGCGACUGCCACCCCGCCAAAAGUGGACGGACAGCGGAAAAAAAGUGCAACGGCUUCCAGUGCCCGAACGGUACUUGCAUCCCCACCAGCAAACACUGCGACGGCAUCAACGACUGCUCCAACGCCUCCGACGAGCAGCACUGCGAACCCCUGUGCACCCGCUACAUGGAUUUCGUGUGCAAGAACCGGCAGCAGUGUUUGUUCCACUCCAUGGUGUGCGACGGCAUCGUCCAGUGUCGGGAUGGCUCAGAUGAAGAUGCCAACUAUGCCGGAUGCUCCCAGGACCCCGAGUUCCACCGCACCUGCGACCAGUUCAGCUUCCAGUGCCAGAACGGAGUGUGCAUCAGCCUGGUGUGGAAGUGCGACGGCAUGGACGACUGUGGCGACUACUCCGAUGAAGCAAACUGUGAAAACCCGACGGAGGCCCCCAACUGCUCUCGGUACUACCAGUUCCAGUGCGGGAACGGCCACUGCAUCCCCAACAGGUGGAAGUGCGACGGGGAGAACGACUGCGGCGACUGGUCCGACGAGAGGGAGUGCGCCGGUUCUCCAGUUCUUCCCAUUACUACAUCGAUCCCACCAACGUGUUUGCCUAAUCACUUCCGUUGCAACAGCGGGGCCUGCAUCAUGAACAGCUGGGUCUGCGAUGGAUAUAAGGACUGCACAGAUGGCUCCGAUGAGGAAGCCUGCCCUACUGCGCGACCUAACGUCACCGCCACCUCCCCGGCGCUCCUGGGCCGCUGCAGCAGGUUCGAGUUCGAGUGCCAGCAGCUGAGGAAGUGCAUCCCCAACUGGAAGAGGUGCGACGGCUUGCGGGACUGCCAGGACGGCACUGACGAGAGGAACUGCCCUACUCACAGCACCCUGUCGUGCCCUAAUGGUUAUAAAUGCGAAGACGGAGAGGCCUGCAUUAUGCUGACGGAGCGGUGUGAUGGAUAUCUAGACUGCUCAGACAGCAGCGAUGAAAGAAACUGCACUGAUGACACAAUCGUGUACAAAGUCCAGAACCUGCAGUGGACAGCUGAUUUCUCUGGCGAUGUCACUUUAACAUGGGCCCGGCCAAAAAAAAUGUCCUCAACCUCCUGUGUCUACAACGUGUAUUACAGGACGGUGGGUGAAAGCGUUUGGAAGGUCUUGGAAACCCACAGCAACAAAACAAACAGCGUUUUGAAAGUCCUCAAGCCAGACUGUACCUAUCAGGUGAAAGUCCAAGUGCAGUGUCUCAGCAGAGUGUACAACACCAAUGACUUCAUCACCCUCCGGGCACCCGAAGGACUACCAGAUGCUCCCCUUAACCUUCAGCUGUCCUUAAAAAAAGAAGCUGAGGGGGUGGUGACUGGCUGCUGGAGUCCUCCUGUGAACGCCCACGGGCUCAUACGGGAAUUCAUCGUGGAAUACAGCAGAGGUGGAUCCAAGGAGUGGUCGUCCCUGAGAACUACCAGGAACUAUACCGAGAUCAAGAACCUACAGGUCAACACGUUAUACACCGUUAGAGUUGCUGCGGUAACUAGUCGAGGAGUGGGAAACUGGAGUGAUUCCAAAUCUAUAACCACCAUAAAAGGCAAAGUCAUUCCUCCACCUGUCAUACAUAUUGAGAGCUACAGUGACGACUCCAUAAGUUUCACCCUAAAAAUGAAUACUAAUAUCAAGGUCAGCGGUUAUGUUGUGAACAUCUACUGGACAUUCGAUACGCACAGGCAGGAAAAAAGGACUCUGAUCAUAGAAGGAGAAAAGUCGGUCCAAAAAGUGGCAAAUUUGACCGCGCACACACCCUAUGAAAUUUCGGCGUGGGCUAAGACGGAGCUGGGCGACAGCCCUCUGUCCUUUGUACGUGUCAUGACCAGUGGCACAAGACCUGCGUCUCCAAGUCUCAAAGCCAAGGCCAUCAACCAGACUGCAGUGGAGUGCAACUGGACCGGACCGAGGAACGUUGUCUAUGGCAUCUUCUAUGCCACAUCUUUCCUAGAGCUCUAUAGGAGCCCUCACAACACCACCACUACUUCACACAACAUCACCGUGAUCGUGAACAGGGACGAGCAGUACUUGUUUCUGGUCCGUGUGAUGUCUCCCUACCAAGGGCCACCCUCUGACUACGUUGUGGUCAAGAUGAUCCCUGACAACCGGCUCCCCCCUCGGCACCUCCAUUCCGUGCUCACCGGAAAGACGUUUGCGGUCAUUAAGUGGGAAUCACCCUACGAUUCACCCGACCAGGAUAUGUUAUAUGCUGUUGCAGUUAAAGAUUUAGUAAGAAAAACAGAUAAAAUCUACAAAGUGAAAACCCGGAACAGCACAGUGGAGUACACCAUUAAAAAACUUGAACCAGGAGGCAAAUACCAUGUUAUUGUUCAACUGGGAAACAUGAGCAAAGAAUGCAGUAUGAAAAUCAACACAGUUCCCCUGUCUGCACCAGAUGCCUUAAAAAUUAUAACAGAAAAUGACCAUAUUCUGCUGUUCUGGAAGAGUUUAGCAUUAAAGGAAAGUAAUUUUAAUGAAAGCCGGGGUUACGAGAUUCACAUGUUUGACAGCUUGAUGAACAUCACAGCUUAUCUUGGGAACACCACGGAAAACUUCUUCAAAGUUUCCAACCUGAAGAUAGGUCACAACUACUCGUUCACGGUUCAGGCCAGAUGUCUGUACAGUGGACAGAUGUGUGGGGAGCCAGCCACGCUUCUGUAUGAUGAACUAGGAACAGGUGAAGACUCCUCUGCAUCGAAAACUGGUAAAUCCACAGAUGUAGCAGCCAUCGUGGUACCGAUACUGUUCCUGUUGCUUGUGACCCUCGGGAUUGGGUUUGUUGUGUUAUACAUGAGGCACAGGAGACUGCAGAACAGUUUCACUGCCUUCGCAAACAGCCACUACAGCUCCCGCCUGGGGUCGGCCAUAUUCUCCUCAGGUGAUGAUUUAGGAGAUGAGGAUGAUGAAGCUCCAAUGAUAACUGGAUUUUCAGAUGAUGUUCCCAUGGUCAUCGCAUGAAGCGCGUUUCUGAUUGUAAAAACCAAAUGGUGUAAAUAUUUUAUUUGAUAAAAAUAGUUGAUUGUUUAUUUUAAAAAUGCACUUUGAGUUGCAAUACGUUAUUUUUAUAUGGGCCAAAAAAAUUUAAAAAAUACACUUUGUAGUAAUCAACUGUGAACUGCAAAUUAACUAGGUUAAUUUAGUAACAAAUUGCUUUGAUUUAACAUUAAUUUAGUCUUACAAGGCUAUGCUUGCUGGGCAUGCUCUUAAGUCUGUGAGAUAUUUUCCGCUGACUAAAUUGGCUACUCAUUUUAUUUUUCUAAGACAAGAAUAAAUUUAUUUAAAAAGAAUUCAGGAGAUUAUAUAUGUAGAGAGAGAGAGAAGUAAUAUAGUCCCUGAAGGUUUUGCUUUUACUGGAAAAAAUCCUUUGGACUUUGUUUUAUAUGAGAGUAUUUUUGUUGUGUUAAUUUAUUGGGAAAUCUGCUUGAGAACAGAUUUCCGAAGUCGUCAGACAUUGUACACAUUAUUGUGUAGAACAUGUGCCACUUCAUCUUGCAAGGCAGUAGUAUUUUGGCAUCCCAAUCAUUGUUCUUGCCAUGACAAUAAAAACCCUUAUUUUUACAUAUUUUUCCCGUUAUUAAAAGACAGGCCACCUUUCAGAAAGCUGAGACUCUGAGCCCCCAUCCAGAUACCUGAGCGCGUGCUGAACUCUCAUUGCGAGCGCAAAAUCCCUAGCCCGCAGCAGGAUUUAAGCGAGUGCUUCAGUGCUUUGCUAAACCGGGGGCCUCAGGGCCCGAAACGAGGUGCUUAGGUCGCUACGGGCAAACGGCAAGCGGAAAGCAGCCUGGUCGAACGAAGCCCGGCGGUGCCGGCGCACGUCGCCGGGUCGCGGCUCCUGCGUCUGCCUCUGGCUUGCAGGUGUCGGCGCCAGCCCGCACCUUCCCUCCCCAAAACCCGCUGGGGGUCGCCCGCAGUUACUGAACUGUAAUUUCUGCCAGUAAGUUGACGGGGAAAAAAAACUGGCUGCUGACUGUCUUUAAAACGCUCAUCUCGAAACACGUCCUCCAGGGUAAUCAGAAAGCCUGCUUGCCUCUGUGGAGCGUCUUUAAGAUGCUCCUGUGUCGGUGGGACGGAAGGGGGAGCCUCCGCUGUGAAAAUCUAGAAAAGUGGCUUCGCUUACAGAUUUGCCACAAUCUCACAAAGCAGCAAUUACUGCAAAUCUAAAUGCAUCUGGUUUACAGCAGGGAUUCUGCGCUCCUUCCCUAAAAAGUAGCUGCAGUCGUGCCGUCAGCUUUAGCAGUAACAUAUGUAUAUAUUCAGAUCACUAAUCAUUUUGCAUUUACUGUAGACAUAAUACUGGCGACCGAGCUAAAGAGUAGAAAUGUCUGGUUACCAUUUUCUAGCAUUUUUUUUUUGUGACAGCAAAAUGUGAAUCUCACCAUGAAUGAAACUACUUGCCAACCCGAGAGCGAGGAUGCGAGCGACCGUUCGUGGGUCACGCCUCUCCAUACUCGAUAUAUGCAAAGCCUGGUAGUAAAAUACAACAUGCUGUCUUAUUCGCACUCUUUUCUUUGUUUAAACCAAAAGUAUUUUUGCUGUGUAAAUGAAAUUGUAAUUGCAGUCUUCCUACAGAUGAAAAGAGAAGGGCCAACUAUGUUUUGAUACAUGACUGAUCCGUUUAAUUUCACAUACAGAAAAUGUAUUAAAAAGUUCAUGUUCUGUAUGGUUUGAUACACUAUAGAAAUACUAACUCUAUUUUCAAUUACUGGUGUUAUUGUUCCCAGUGGCAAUUUUUCCCCUGAAGCUGGGACCAAACUAUAGUCAGAUUUUAUAAAUAGCAGUGAUCCUACAGAGCUGCAACAUUUUUACCUGGUUAGGUCAGGUGCUGCUGUUCUGGGGUAAAAACUUGGAGUAAAUCAGCACAGCAUGGUAGAGCUCAUUUUUUUCGGGAAUUACAGCCGCAUACGGCGAUCAGAAUCUGACCCAGAGGCAAAACUAUUCAAGCGAUGUCAAUCACAAGAUCUGAUAUAUUUCUAUGGGAAAUAAAGCCUAAAAGCAGAGCCGAAGGGUACUGAACCCCUUCCUGAUUGAGCAAGUACUUCUGGCACAGGUAACAAGAAAUUGCAAUGUAGCGUCCCAGAAGGCGGCACCUCUCUAGUGGGCAUUAGUAUGGGUUAAAUUCUGUUGCUUUACUUCCCCGGGGUAAAUCCUGCUCGAGCAAGGCAAGGAGAAUUUAGCCUAUCCCGCCUCUUUGCGCGGAAGGCAG